AAUGUAUGCGCGUUUUAAUGUUACGAAAUUUCGAUAUUAAUUACAUUUUUCAUAAGAAAUAGUACAUAUAAUAUGUGUGUUUAAUUAAUUGAAGUAAUAUAAAACGUAUGUGCCAACAUAAUAUCGCUUGCAUUUCUCUCGUAGCUGGCGAUCAUAGUCAAUAGUAAUUGCAAAAAUCAAUGCGUAUUCAGAUAUUUUUAACUCCGUUUCAAAGCAAACGCAAAUUUUGUUGCAAUAAUGUUCAAUUUAUUUAAUAUUUUAUUAAUAGCUAGUUUUUUCUUGUACUUUUGUUUAACGCUCAAGAUUACGAAACGUGAGGAUUGGUACGCCGAGUCACCAAAAAGUAAACCAAAAUCAAUUAUCAGUCCUGCAGAAUUUGUAAUUAUACAUCACACCGAAUAUCCCUUAAGCUGUCAUUUUGAAACGAAUUGCUUAAGAAUAAUCAAAAGCCUACAAAAGCAUCACAUGUACAAAGAGGGCUAUGAUGAUAUUGGUUAUAAUUUUCUUAUUGGCUUCGACGGUCAUAUCUAUGAGGGACGCGGUUGGGGCGUGCAAGCACAGCAUCCUUCUGCUUAUAAGUUCAACAGCAUUGGCAUUGCAUGUCUAGGAAAUUUCGAUGAUGAUAAACCCGAUACCGUCAUGCUACAAAAUAUUGAGAAUCUAAUUGAUGAAGCUAUAGUCGAGGGUUAUCUUCAAUCCGAUUACAUCCUACUUGGCCAUCGUCAAAUUAAAACCACAUCCUGUCCAGGUGAAAAUUUAUACAACGUAGUUAAAACCUGGUCCAAUUGGUUUGAUAUUAGGCCAUAGCAUAAUUAUAUGAAUUACGCGCUCAAAUAGUCCCAAAAAUGUUGUCCAAUAAUAAUAAAAAAUGAAAUUAUUUUUAUUUGUGUCCACAUGCACACCAAAAACACCAAAUGCUUGUUGAAUUACACAAAGCUUAUAUCCAUAUACCUAUAAUUGAUCUUCAUAAAGCUUCGAUGAGAAAAGUGAGGCAGAAAACAUAGCACAUCUAGAUACAUAUAGAAAAGGAAAAGUAAUUAUAAUUGUAGGUUCGCUGUUUUAUUACAUAAAGUAACAUUCUUCCAGUGUGAGAAAGGGGGUUGAAGCACUGCGAAGUGCGUUUUUCUCACCAUUUUGUUGGAUUAACGUAAUAAUGUACAAAGCAAAUUCUAGGGCAUCACCGAUGAGCAUUGCUAUGAGUUUGGACACAUUUGAUAAGUCUAUCUGUUAUGGUCUCCGUAUCAGCUUGCACAAACAAACAAAGAUAUAUAAUUACCAGUAUUACUUAACACUUCACGUUUCAAACAGCUAUAUAUCGGUGUAUUGUAAACUUAGUAUUCCUUCGGCAGACAAUUCACAAUUAAAUAGAAAAUCACAGAAUUUAAUACUUUUUCAACAUACCAUCCUUCGCA